GACCUACCAAGGUGAAAACGAACUCCUCCUUCAACGACCCACGAUCCCACUCUUUCCACCCAACUAUUCCAUACAUACCUAAUACAUACCCUAUCAACCCCGUAUCAACCCCGUAUCAACCCCGAAGUCGUGCACCAUUGGCGAACUUAGGGGGAGUAGCGGGAGAGAGCGGAAACGGCAGCCAUACCCAACCUCUCCAGAAGACAAAAGAACUAAGAAAAGAACUAAGAAAACUAUCCCUCCCUCCCAUCCCGCUCUUUUUCAUCAUAAUUCGACAUAAUUCUACAUAAUUCAACAUUGUGCUGGUCCGACCGACGACCGACGACCGACGACCAGACCACCAGACAACAUGUCGGCAGACGACCAGCAGUUCUGGGACCUGCUCUCUUCGGUUCCCAACCACGUCCGCCAGUACUCCGAGGGCGUCGCCGACUUCCUCGACAAGACCGUCGACAAGGCCGCCGACAACGUUCGCCAUACCUUGGCUACGGCAUCGUGGGUUCCCGACUAUGCGAGACCGACACCUUCUGCCCCGCCAUCCGUCCCCGUAGCACCAAUGUCAACCUGGGACAGUAUGACAGCCUGGGUGUCACGCCACAAGCUUGCCACCACUGUCUUCGUCUGCGUCACCGGCUAUGUGACGUACCGCGCCGUUCGUCACAGCAAGCUGGUCCGAAAGUCAAGACGGGCGAGGCGCGCCAAGAACGGUGGCCGCCUCGAGGUCGUCGUCAUCGCCGGAUCGCCCUCGCUCCCACUGACAAAGUCGCUGGCCCUGGAUCUCGAGAGGAGAGGUUUCCUCGUCUACAUUGUGUGCAACACCAUCGAGGACGAGGUCAUGGUGCAGAACAUGUCACGGCCCGACAUCCGGGGCUUCAGCAUCGAUAUCACCGACCCCCCUAGCGCAGGCGCGUCGAUUGAUCGUUUUGCUGCCUUUCUCCAGACACCCCAUGCUGCCGUCCCACGAGCAAAGCCUAACUACCUAACGUUAACAUCCAUCAUUCUCAUCCCAUCUCUGCACUAUCAAACCUCCCCCAUAGCCACCAUUCCACCCUCCAACUUCGCCGACCUUUUCAAAACCCACCUAUUACAGCCCAUCCUCACAAUCCAAGCCUUCCUCCCGCUCCUCACAUCACGCCUGGCACCACCCCCUCCGACUCAGACCGGCGGGGGCGAGGGCGAGGGCGAGAAGCCUGUCAUAGAAACUCACUCCACCUCAACCCCCAAGGUUCUUGUUUUCACGCCUUCCAUUAUUUCCUCCAUCAACCCGCCCUUCCACGCUCCUGAAGCAACGGUAUGCUCGGCCCUCUCAGCCUUCACAGAGGUUCUUACGGCUGAAUUGCGUCCACUUCAAAUCCCCGUCACGCACCUACAGCUCGGUACCUUUGACUUCACCGGCUUCGUACCCGCCCGUGGGCCGCACAACCCGGGUUUCCUGCCACCGUCAGCCGAGACCCAGCAGUGGCCCGAAGCCGCUCGCCUUGCUUACGCCCGCAACUACGAGUCGCAGUCGGCGUCGGCCAUCUCGGCGGGACGGAUCCGGGGUCUCAAGGGCAGCUCGCUGCGAGAUCUUCACACCGCCGUGUUCGACGUGCUUGACGGGUCGGACAAGAGCGAUGUCGUGCGCGUGGGGCUCGGUGCCGGUCUAUACGGGUUCGUCGGGCGGUGGGCACCUCGCGGGCUCGUGGCGUGGAUGAUGGGCAUCCGCAAGGUCGACGAGCUGAGCACGUGGGAGCGCCCCAGUAGCCGCAGCAGCAUUGGCAGCGAGGAUGAGGAAGAGCCGCGCGAGUAUAUAGCCGUGGGCCGAGGGUCCGAAAUCGGUUCCAAUGUCUGGAAGGACUAAAAGUACAUACAUAAGUACCUAACGUAUGAUAAAACGACAUGAACGGGUUGGAGGGGGGGAAAAGCAUUUAGAGGGUGGGAUUUUUCUAACGUCAUUACGAGAUUACACAAGUCAUGAUCUAUAGGAUAGGGCGUUUAAGGUGUAGUAGCAUUUUUCGAGGACAAGCAUUCGUACGUACAUACUUGGAUGCAAGCUCCAUUUUAAACGGCUCUUGGAAAGAAAGUAUUUUCGCAAACAAGCCUGUGCCUCGUGGCUAGCAUUGUCAUGAUGGACAAGAAUAAACUAAAAUCAUGAUAUCAAUACGAACUAGGCAUGUCAGUUGUUGAGUGAAAACCGGCGC